CAUUUCCAGACAAGAAAAUGUGAUGAUGGAGCUAAGACUAGGCUUCAAUUCAACCUCUAACAGCACUGCUGUGGGUUCAAAACAGAUUGCUCCUGCUGUAGUUAUGAGUUUGUGCUGUUUGGUGGGUUUGCCAAGCAAUAUUGCAGUAAUCAUCAGCAUUGCUCGUGAGUGGAACAAACAUUUGAGCUUUACCUUAAAACUAAUACUAAACCUUGCUGUCUCUGACACUUUGACCCUUUGCUUGGCUCCUGUGGUGAUGUGUGGAAUACUGUUUGCAUGGAAACUCGACAUUUGGUCUUGUAGGAUCCUGAUCUUCUUGGGUCACUGGAGUCUGUAUGUUGGAGUCCUGACGGUCACCUCCAUGAGUGUUCAUCGCUAUCACAAUGUCAUCAAGUCCAGAGUCACUAACAGGAUGAUGCUGCACAGACUGGAGAGACGGCACAGGCGCCUUCAGCUGAUUGGCAUCUGGAUUCUAGCCUUUGUUUUUGCCCUACCAAUAUUUUUCACUCAAGGACUCAAAGACAAGGAUGGACUGCAGAGAUGUCAGAGGACAAUAGAGUCACAGUCUGUAGUAGUGGCUCUUCUGCUUCUUCAGAUUUUGUUGGGGUUCAUCAUCCCAUUUUUGACAAUAUUGACAUGUUAUCUCUGGUUGCACAAAGGUUUGAGCCAAAAAGCCAAGAGCCCCAGUCCAACUAGAGCUCCACAGGACCAGGAACCCAGAAAUCAGGGGUCAAAGGUUAAGACUUACAAGAAGAGACUUGUGGUCAGCAUCAUUGUGGCUUUCUUUCUGUUUUGGACUCCUGUGCACAUCAUCAAUGUGAUUGAUAUAGUUACUACUCUGACUAAAACUUCUCAUCCAGAUGUUCAUUCCCAACUGAAGUCCUUCCGUAGAGUUUGUGGUGAUACAAGCAAGACUCUGGCUUUGCUAAACUGCUGUCUGAAUCCUUUUUUCUAUGUUUUCUUUUCAAGGAAUGCCAUAAAGUGUAGUAAGUAGAACCCCCCAUUGUUUAUUUCACAGUUACAAAUUCAAAUAGUAAUUAUUUUUAAGUUGUAAAACUUGUCUGCUAACAAACUUCAAAAAUCAGUUUGCUUUAAAAAUGCAUUCAUUGUUGUAAAAAGCAGCAUAAAUGCAAUCUUUUUAUCUGUGCUCUGGCAAAGGAACAUCUAUGUAAAUAAAACUAGAAUGUGAAUGAAUUUUUUUUUAAUUAAUCAUAAUUAACAUUCAUUUUUCUUUCAGGGUUAACAUUUAUAUGCUUUUGAAAGCUAAAUGUCCCCAACACUUUGGCCAAAGUUAGCGUGUCUGAAUAUAACAAAAGAGGAAACAAAACUUGGUCAGUUGAUGCAUGUUUAACAUCAUGAUCCUAUAAACAAGCUGAAGUAUCAAGGAAUCCAAAUUUUCUGUUAUCUAGUAACAGAGAACUAUACAUAUUUAAGAACCAAACCAUCAUAUAAUAUGUAUAAAAAAAAAAAAAACAUAUAAAAAAAAUAUGUGAUGAAUGCAUGACCUUUGUCAUGCACUUAUUUUAUAUAAACUGUUGUACUCUUUUGGUUGUGGGGAUUCUCUCUGAAAUUGGUCUGAGAUUGUCCCGGCCGUGAUUAAAGCAUAUUCAAAGGCAUUGUCUGGAGUCUGUCUGGGAAUAUCUACUACAAUUAUUAUUAGAUUAUAUUAUUUUAAUGAACACACAGUAUAGAUAAUCACACA